AUGAAUGAUGUUCUAUCUGCUAUGAUGGUCUCCCAAGGCUUGUUACCAUCUGGGUCUCUGCUAGAUUCUUUGAUUCAUAUAUCCAAAGAAGUUGAUUCAAUGGAAAAGUUUCCCUUCGUACACAUAAGAAACGUUUCAUCCAUGAUCAGAAGGAUCAAGCUUCUUUCUUCUUUGUUUGAAGAGAUUAAAGAAUCGGGUACUCCACUUCCUCCUUCUUCAAUCCUGUGUCUCACAGAACUGUUCUCUGUGAUAAGAAGAGUUAAGGUUUUGAUCCAAGACUGCAAAGAUGGAAGCUCUCUUUGGAGUCUGAUACAGUUAGAGUUCAUUUCUAACCAAUUUUAUGUGCUGGUGAAGGAGAUGGGAAGGGCCCUUGAUAUUCUUCCUUUGAGUUUGCUCAAUGUAACAUCAGAUAUUAGGGAACAGGUGGAGCUUCUUCACAAGCAAGCAAAGAAGGCUGAGUUAUUCGUUGAUCCUAGAGAGCUUCAUCGAAGAGAACAACUUAAACUAGCAAUGGCCAACAACAGUUUACAAAAGAAGAAGAACAAAGGGUUUGUUGACUUUGGAAAAGUGGAAGAAAUACUCAGCAGCAUUGGUCUGAGAACCCCGUCAGAUUAUGAUGGAGAAAUAUCAAAGUUAGAGGCUGAAGCUCAGAACCAAGCUGGCACAGGAGGACUCAUCAUUGUCUCCAAUAUAAACAACCUCAUAUCGUUGGUGUCUUAUUCCAAAACCAUGAUAUUCAGAGAUGGAGAGAGUAGUAGAAAUGAAGAAGAUUAUAAGCCACUGUCUUCAUUUUUGUAUAACAAAGUUCAUGAUAGUUCUUCAUCUUCUCAGUCCAUGACACCUAAUGUUCCUGAUGAAUUUCGUUGUCCAAUAACACUUGACUUAAUGAGGGACCCCGUGAUUGUGUCAUCUGGGCACACAUAUGAUAGAACAUCAAUUGCACAAUGGAUAAACUCUGGUCAUCAUACAUGCCCCAAAAGUGGGCAAAGGUUAAUUCACACUGCUUUAAUACCCAACUAUGCAUUGAAGAGCCUUGUUCAGCAAUGGUGCCAUGACAACAAUGUCCCAGUUAAUGAACCUUCAACCGAGGGAAACAACCACAAGAAGAAGAACUCGAAGGAGGAGGCCAUCGACCAUAUUUCUGCAAACAAAGCUGCUGCAGAUGCUGUCAAAAUGACAGCAGAAUUUCUUGUUGGAAAAUUGGCAACUGGUUCUGCUGACAUCCAAAGGCAAGCUGCAUAUGAACUUCGGUUACUUGCAAAAACCGGCAUGGUCAACCGGAGUGUCAUAGCUGAAGUAGGGGCCAUUCCCUUUCUUGUAACACUUCUAGGAUCUCAAGAUUCAAGAAUUCAAGAGCAUGCAGUGACAACCUUGUUCAACCUCUCCAUAUUUGACAACAACAAGAUUUUGAUCAUGGCAGCAGGAGCAGUUGAUAGCAUAGUAGAAGUACUUGAAUCAGGGAAGACCAUGGAGGCAAGGGAGAAUGCAGCAGCAGCAAUAUACAGCUUGUCUAUGGUGGAUGAGCUGAAAGUGCAUAUUGGAGGAAGACCAAGAGCAAUACCUGCUUUAGUUAGACUCUUGAAAGAAGGCACUUCAAUAGGGAAAAAAGAUGCUGCAUCUGCACUGUUCAAUCUUGCAGUUUACAAUCCUAACAAAGUUAGUGCUGUUAAGGCUGGUGCAGUUGCUGUGCUGGUAGAAUUGCUGAUGGAUGACAAGGCUGGCAUAACAGAUGAUGCACUUGCAGUGCUUGCUUCACUCCUUGGUUGCUCUGAGGGAUUGGAAGAGAUAAGAAAUAGUAGAGCGUUGGUGCCACUUCUUAUUGAUCUUCUGAGAUUUGGUUCAGUGAAAGGGAAGGAAAAUUCAAUAACCCUUUUGCUGGGACUGUGCAAAGAAGAGGGAGAAGUGGUUGCAAGAAGACUCUUGGCAAAUCCAAGAAGCAUUCCUUCUCUUCAAAGCUUGGCUUCUGAUGGAUCUUUGAGAGCUAGAAGAAAAGCAGAUGCACUGCUCAGACUCCUCAACAGGUGCUGUCCUAUAGGAAAAAGCCUAUUUUCUUUUCUCACGUUCUGCUCUAUGUAG